UGGCCACACUGCUUGUGAAUCGAAAUUAGAUCGAAGAUAACGAACUAUACAUCAAUUUUAUAAUUAAGUGGUUAAAAAAUAAAAAGACAAAAUAAAACUUUCGGUAUAAACCAUUGUUGCUUUAAUUUAUGGUGCGUUUAUGGUGUGAAAUUUUAAUUAAUAAUCGUUAGCGUCAAACCAGCGUACUUGAAAAUGUUAACCUAAAUCGAUGACAGAUAUAAAUGAACGUAAAAGUUUAAUAAUGCGUUCAAUUACGAAAAAUAAAUGGAUACGAGGAUGAAAUCUUAUAAAUCACUGCCGCCGUUAGUUGAGGGCAAAAUUCAUGGUUAUUUAAAGCUUGUCAUAGAUGAGGUGAUUUGGUCAGAAAGAAAUCUAGGAGAAAUUAAAAUACUUGCAUCUUGGUGGGGUGAGAUUGAUAGUGCUCAAUUUAGACCAAUAGACAUUACAAAAAAUAUUACAAGAUCGGAGCAGGAAACGACUAAAAUUUAUGUUAUUCGUACAAAUAUAAAUCUCUUUGAAGAAUAUGUUAAAAAUUGUGAAUGUUUAGAAUUAGUGAUUGUUUCUGAAGAAACUAAUAUAAUUAUAGGUGUAUCUAAAAUCACAGAGUUAUUAGAAAUCUUUACAUUGAAACCAUGCUUUAAAUAUGUUCCAAUGAUAAAUGAUUCGGGAAAUAAAAUAGGAGAAUUACAUGUUUCUAUGAAGUUGGAGCAUGUUAUAAAAUCUCCAAAUAUGCAAUUAAAGCCACAUAAGUACGAAAACAAGCAAGGUAUUGAUAGUAUCGUGCUUUCGGCUGUCAAUAGCUUUGAAUGCCCAAAAGAUAUAAUAGAUGAUACAUACAAUGCGUGUAGAAAAUUAAAACCCAAAGAAAGUGAAAUUUAUAAAUCUAUUUUGAAGUCAAGAAGAAUGGAAUAUCAAGAACCUUUGAAGAAAUGUAAUAAUGAACUGACGGACAAACUUGUCGCGCAAGUUGUUGCAAGAGCACAAAAACUCAGAGGAGAUAUAUUGAGGGAAACACAUAAUGAAGAUGUUCUAACUUCUAGUGAUAAUUCGUUAAGCGACACUUUGCAAUUUCAUAUUGCUAAUGAAGAUGAAAUAAAAUUAUGCAAAUACUUUUUGGGUAAAGAUAUAAAUCAUUGCGACGAGCAGAAAGCAUUAUGUACUUCAAGAUCAACAUCUCCAACUCCAAGUUUGAUGCAUAUUGCAUCUAAUAUUAUUAAAGGCUGUAGAAACGAUAAUGAGAAGAUUAGACCAAGUAGUACAUCUUUUAUACAAGAAAAUUCUUCAAUGGAAGAAAUAUUAUCAGAAGAAAAACUUGAUAACAGAUCAAAAGAAACUCUACUGUUGAAUCAUGUAGAUUGUAUUAGAAUUUUUGUGGAAUCAUUUACUUUAAGUCCUGCUGGUUAUAGACGUGUUAAAUCUUCGUCUUUAUCACAUAAUGAUAAUACUUUCUUGUCUGCAACAUAUUUUGUUCAGUACGAUAUGACAUUUGAUUAUAGUAAAGAAAUAGGAAAAAAGUCAGUGAAAAAAAACAAACCCAUAAGAAUAUGUUCUAAGACAGAAACAAACCAAGUAAUUUAUUUUAAUCACGGUGGUAUAUAUGGAAUAUCGAAACUGAAACCAAACACAGAAUAUUUUAUAAAAUAUAAAAUAUUCAUUCGGCAUUUUAAUAAGAAAUCGUUAACCGAACUAGGCACUGGUACUAUGCACAUAAACGAUAUCAUAAAAAGUGAAAAUUGGAAUAUCGCACAACGUUUAACUAUUCUCAAUAAAGGAAUAAAAGUUGGCGAGUUAAGUGUAAUUGCAGAAUUAGGUUCAGAUUCUAUACACUUUGGGAAGCAGUAUAUUGAUGGUAUAAUGUCUUCCAAAGAAAAUAUUCCUAUUCUGGAGACACAACGACUGUUAAACCAAGAGAGAAGUAAUAAAAGAAGUAAAAGUGCAACAGAAGCUCAAUCAAAAACAAGUAGCCAAGUGUCGUCGCUUUCUGCAAAAGAAAUUGACUUUAUAACUACUGACAGUCACUUACCUGCUGCAAAAGAUAUAUCGUGGCACAAAAUAAAAAAUAUGGACAGUAAGAGAGUCGAUGUAAAAGAUCAGGAAAAUAAUAUUAAGGAUAUGGUUUUACUUCAGGGUUUGAUACAUAUAGCCGAAGGAAAAGAAUUACCAGAAUUAAAUACGUAUUUAAUAUGUAGAGCAUUUUGGAAGGAAGAUAAAAGUAGAAGUCAAAUCUGCAAUAACACAAAAAAUCCGUUUUAUCGAUUCUGUCAAUUAGUUCCUCUUAUUCAUGACAGUGAUUUACUUGAUCGUAUUAAAGACAAUUACAUAAUCAUUGAAGUUUACUGUAGAAAUAAUAAUAUAGAUAACCUAUUAGGAUUAACAAAAUUGUAUGUACACCAAUUAUAUAUUGCGUAUAGGGAUCCGCGUGUAAUACCACAUUUGUUACUGUCUAAGUAUCCUGUUGUCAGUGUAGAUGGAUGGGUACCAGUUGUUGAUCCUAUAACUGGUAAUUCUUGUGGCCAAUUACUUGCACUAGUAGCUCUUGGAACUGCAGAACAAAUCGCAUUGUUAGAAAUCUCAAGAGGUUUAAGAAAUAUCAGUACACCUUCGCAAACAAUAAGUUGUUCAGAACAUUUUUCUGGGUGUAUAGAACACCCACAAAAUACACAACAGUCCGUAAAAUGCAGCACAUACGAAUUGCAAUCAAAUAUGGAAUCAUUUUCACAAGAUAAUGCUCAAUUUUAUAUUACUGAUACAGCUGAACGAGAAAUGCGCUUUGUAAAUUCAAAAACGCAAGAGUGCCAGACAGACAUCUCAACUGUUGACGAAUUCAAAUUUAAUAAAGAAUCGCAGGAAGAGAGUUCAAAUUCAGAACAUUCAGUUUUACAUACUUUGGUUGGUCGUUUAACGCAAGUUUUAAAUGUCAACAAAGUAAACGUAGAUCAAAUGGCAAAAACUGAAAUAAGUUCAGAAGAGAGGAAACAAGUAGAUGUAGAAGAACAAAUGUGUAUAAAUGAACUGAACUUUAACAAUAGCUCGGACGAUAGCGACAGUAGUAGCGUUAGAAACAAUUUUCAUUUACCCACGGAAACAUAUAGAAGCGUUGGCGUCGGUGCUGAAUAUGACGAAGGAAUAAAUCAACAAUCAAACACUGGUUACGAUAAUACAGUAUUUGAUUUGCCAACUGUAAUUCACACGGAAAAAGAGUCAACUGAUUCCGCGUGUAACGAAACAAUGUUUCGGGCUGUUGUAGAAAUUGAAUGUGCAAUGCAUUUACCAAAAAUUGAGAAAGCUAAUGAAACCAUUGAGCCUAGUACAUAUGUAUCUUUUCAGGCCAAUAAAUGUGAUCCUUCAAAACAUUUAAAUUCGUACAUGAUUACCAAUGUUUUCCCAAAUAGUUGCAAUCCUAAAUGGAACUGGAAAUAUGAUGCAAAACUGCCAACAGAAUUACUUUUACACGAUGAAAAGAGAUUGAUUUUAAAAAUUUGGCGUAUAUUCGAUAUAAAUACCAGUACACAAAUAAACUUAGAGAAAGAUAUUGUUAUUGGAUUUUCUGCUAUUGAUCUUUCUGUCUUAAUUAAUGGUUUUCCUAUACUAUCUGGGUGGUUCCAUAUAAUGGACUUCACUGGAAAGUGCAAUGGACAGAUUAAAGUAUGUAUAACACCACUGGAUAAUUUAUCAUUGUUUGGAAAACCAGCAUCAUCGUUGAGUACAACGCGAAUACCACCAUGUAACGCAUCGCAGUUAAAUUGGUUUCCAUCAUAUGUUUAUGAGAUGCACUCUGACGAUAUAGAAAAAACUAAUGUCAAUUAUACUUUAUCAACUCCUACUCAAGAAGAAGAUAAAUCAGUGCAUAGUGAAAAUCAGUUUACUGAUUCUGUGACUCACGUUGGUUUUGAAGAUAUGUCUAUGUCAUUCUUAUCCUUAUCCUUGAAGAAAAAAUUAACCGAACUAGAUGAAAUUACGAAACGUCUAGAAUCGCGAUUACGCGAUGUCACAAAUACAGCUUUCGAAGAUGACUUUGAAAAUGAGUUUGAUUUAAAUGAGCCAAAUAGUGAUAAUGAAAUGUGUCAAGUACUUAGGUCAGAUAAGAAAUUAUUACAUAACCCAGAUAUUAUAGGAAAUGAAAAUGAAAUUGUUGCAAGUGGAAACGAAACACGGGAUCGUUCACCUGAACCCUACAUUAGUCAUAACACGGCUAUUAAUUAUGAGCAAAUUAAACCCGAUGCCUUUAAAAUGUCCAGCUCUUAUACUAAACAAAACUUAUCAAACGAUAAUUAUCAAAUACCACAUCGAAAUGAACAUUUAUUACAAAACAUUAAGACAUUAGGCAGUAGUUUUGCCGAUUAUCCAGAACGAGGAACAAAAACUCAUAUAAAUUAUUUACUUGAUAAAUUGUCAUUACAAUUUUCUCCGCAAUCUGGUUCGACUACAACUAUACCAAUAAGGACAAAUAAUAUUGGUGUAUUAACAAAUUUAUCACAAAACAAUGAUCUACAAAGUAAUAAUAAAUAUAGUCAAGAACUCAAAGUAUCUACUGUCCCCACACAAACGGAUAAUGUAGAUGAUGAUGAUCCGUGCGUAAAUAGAAAUUUGCCCGACGUAUCUGCACAAUUGCAAGUUACUAAUAAAAUGUCCACAGUAAUCCGUGAAGAACUAGUUGCCGAGGAAAAUAAUGAUAUAUCAAAAUGUGACGAAUUAACAACUUAUCUGGUAGCAUCGAACAUUCGUCAUAUGGAUUUAAACAACAUUUUUAGUCCACUUUUAUAUCAGCAUUUAGUACCAGAUCUACAUUAUUCAAAUACAUCACCAGAGGAAGAAGCAAUCGAACAAUUAGAUAAUCGUUACACUAAAGCUUUUAGUACAUCAAUAGGUAAUAGACUCAAUAAGGUACAGAACUUAAUGGAAAUUGAUGCCAGAUCUCCAGAAAAUGUUGAACAGUUUAGAAUGACACCAUCUGGGCUGUCAGAAAAUAUUGACGAUAAUAUUGAUUUAACUGUUUUACAUAAAUCUAGUUACAAUGAUUUAUUAUCAAGUAAUAGUACAGAAUCAACUGCAACUAUAUCGCUUGGGAAGAGUUCUAUGAAACCGAUCGAUACAGACAUAACUGAAAAUAGCUAUUCCACUUCCUCUGAAACAUCUGUUCUUGUAUUAUCGAGACAAGCCCCUGAUGGUGGUAACCCAAUAGAAGAUAUCACAAAACCGCCAACUGCACAGCAAAAUGAUGAAGCACAAAAUUCAUCAUCAAGUAGUUCUAACUGAUAUGCAAUGAUAUUAUUAAAUCAAUAAUUAAUAUUACGUAAUAUACUCAUAACCAUAUUACUUAACUAUAAUAGCAAUGGUUUUCUGAUUACGCGCAGUAUGUAUAAAAACACAAUCCUGUGAAUUUUUGACUAUAUUUCUUUAAGCAGACAUAAGUACAAGUGAAUUGUUUCUUGAAUUUUACCUAAAUUAUCAUUUUAUACUAGACAUAUGAUUUACAAUCGAACCAGUUAAUAUUUUAUACCAUUUAUCGAUACUUUUUAUUUACGUCAUACAAAAUACACGCGCGCGCAUAUUAAUAUAAAGGUAAUACCUUAAUGUCAAUUGGUAGUAUGCGUUUUGUGUGGACUGAUUACCAUGUAUACGUAAUAAUAAUAUCAGUGCAGAAGUAUAUAUUAAAUAGAAUUUACUACUGAUAUUAAACUUAAGCAAUUAUAUUAUUUAACGUAUUUGUUACACACAUACAUACACCCAUACAUACGCGCGCGCGCGCACACACAUAAUCUCACUAUUUUUUAUAUAAUGUUUGUAUAUAUCAUAU